UUUUCUAGAAAAAAAUCUUGAUUGGUUCACAAAAUUCUUGACUUCAAUAAUUAUGCAUAGACAUUAGUCUCUGUAUUGGGUGAUGUUUCCCCAUCAAGUGACUUCUAUAUGCAUGGACACAUUCUCCAUAUUUUGUAAAUGUGCCUUAUUGUUUGCCUUACAUGACUUAUUGGCAGUGAUGUUACAUGUUCUACACACAACCUGUGCCUAAUACUGAUCAUGACAUGAUUUUUUGUGGCCUGUGACAUUGUUUUUAAACUAAGUUCUAAGAAAUUAAAAAAGUAAUCAUUUUAAUAGCAACAAUUCAUGUGAACUGUUUGUCACAUUUCUGAGUAUGUCCAUAAACUUCAUUAUGGUGUGCUAUUUAGCAGAAUGAAGCGGGAGAGUGAGGUACUUUCCAUCCCUGUUAAAAAUAAAAAGUCUAAAGUGACAUUCGAGGAACAGAAUAAUGAUGGUGGUAAAACAACAGAACACGACACAGAAUAUGAUAAGAGUGUGGUGAAUGAAAUGUUAAAGUCUGCAAUGGAGGGCAAGAUCAAACAAGUCAAGCAAACUAACACAAAGAAAAGGGAAAAGAAGCUAGAAGAGAAUUCUAGGCAUAAAGAAGAAUCAAACUCAACAAAUCCAGCCUUAAAGUACUUGUCUACAUGGUAUUAUGAUAGAAAGGAAUGGAAAUUUAAAAAAGUUCGACAAACUUGGCUGUUACAAAACGCAUAUGACAAGGGCGAAGUUUCUAAGGAAAAUUUUAAGAUGUUAUUGAAAUACAUAGAGGAUAUGAAGGGAAAAUCAAGAAGCGUCACAUUGGAAAAUGCUCAAAAAAUCAUUGAAGAUGACACAGAAACAGACAGAAGGAAGAUAAAGCGUGCCACAAAAAUUGUGAAAUUAUUGUCAUGAAAAGUAUACGCAAGGAGAGAAUCAAGUCAAGAUAAUCGAAUAAAGAUGCAGUGUUUAUAGUGGUGGAAGCAGUUCUCAACACGCCAACACGCCAGUGGACCGAUAAUCAGCAAAAGUAUCGUAUGUUACGAUUGAAGUCGGCUUACGGUAAUGCGAUACUUACUAUUUCCGUGUAUCGGUUGACGUGUAAAACAGAUGAACUUGUGUCCACGAGUUAACUACGCGUUGUGAAGUAUUUGCGGUUUAUUGAGAGAAAAAAUUAAUGUAUAUUUGUAAAUUGUAGCGUUUCUUAAUUUUUCUGCCCUGAAAAAUCUUUUAGCACAAAUUUUCAGGUUUUGGCCUGUAUGACGUUUGUUCUUUUUAACUUGUCGUAUGA